AUGUCUCGCACAACGGGAAAUGUGUUGGUUAUCAAUGGUAGUUUUCACCAAGCGUUUGGUUCUGUAUUGGUAUUGGCACAAUCAUUGGGUGUUUUACCUGUGAUUGGCAUAAAGGGGAGCUCUGCAUUUGAACUGAGAUUCACUUGGAAGAGUUUUCGCACCAUUUACAGUGUAACAGCAUUCCUUUUUGCUGCAUUCUACACUAUAUUCGCUACAUGCAUAACAUUGACAAGACCCGUUACAUUUAAUUCAGUUGUCCCUUUGACAUUUUUCACAACUACCGCAUACGGUGUGUUUAGUUUCAUUCGAUUGGCGAGAAAAUGGCCGAAAUUAAUGCAACACUGGGAAUUUGUGGAAGCAAUAUUGCCGCCAUAUCGCAGCUUUGACGAAAAAAAACUACUCGGCCUGGAGCAUAUUCUGAAUAUGGUAUCGAUAAUAAUGGAAGCCCUUAGCAAGAAAAAGGAUCCAUUGGAAACGCUUUUUGACGUUCAAAUACCACUUAUUUUCACGCUAACUAAACUGACAUGGUGGAAGGCAAUCUUGAGCAAGUGGUUCAAUGUAGUUGUAACGUUCACGUGGUCAUUCAUGGAUCUUUUUGUGAUGGUCGUUAGUAUUGGUCUUGCAUCACAGUUCAAACAGAUCAAUGCCGAUUUGCAACAGAUGAAAGGCAAAUACACGUCUGAAGGAUUUUGGAUGUUGCGACGAAUUCAAUACCGUAAAGUAGUACACUUGGUCUUUGCAGUCGACGAUGCAAUUUCUCAAAUUAUUUUCGUCACAUUUGCGAAUAACCUAUUCUUUGUGUGCGUUCAAAUCGUGAGAUCAAUAAAGGAAAUGCCUUCGUUUCUGAACAAAGUUUAUUUUUGGUUUUCAUUGACAUUUUUGAUAACACGAACAGUUGCUGUGUCAUUAUUUGCGUCUCAUAUUCACGACGAGUCGAAGAAGCCCAUCACCGUUUUGCGAGCAGUACCAAAUCAUUCUUGGUGCAAAGAAACUUAUCGAUUCUCUGAAGAGGUGAUCAAUGAAACCGUUGCAUUGUCUGGAUUGAAAUUUUUUUUCCUUACACGGAACGUGAUUUUGACCGUUGCUGGGGCUAUAGCGACUUAUGAACUUGUUCUGCUGCAAUUAAAUACAGACACAUAA